UGCACACGAAAUUUCGACAAUCCUUCAUAAAGCAAAAUACCAAUCGUUUUCGCAUAGCUGUAGGUCUUCUUUUAUAUGGAUUAAGAAACUAGAGGAAGGGUUUGAUCAAAGUUCUUCUUCUCCUUGCCUUUUAAUUUACUCCCUCCUUCCUUCUCGUCGACGCAUAGCUUUUAAUCUGAAAUUCAAGGGCAAAAUCUUCUCCUUUUCUCUUGAUCUGAUCUUCACUAAUAUUUACGGUCAUGGCCACCGCCGGAAACAAGAACAUCAAUGCAAAAUUGGUGCUUCUUGGGGAUGUUGGUGCUGGAAAGUCCAGUCUUGUGUUGCGAUUCGUCAAAGGACAGUUUGUUGAAUUUCAGGAAUCAACCAUAGGUGCUGCCUUUUUCUCACAAACAUUGGCUGUGAAUGACGCGACUGUAAAAUUUGAGAUUUGGGAUACAGCCGGUCAGGAGAGGUAUCAUAGCUUGGCUCCAAUGUACUACAGGGGAGCAGCUGCUGCAAUUAUUGUGUAUGAUAUAACAAAUCAGGCUUCAUUUGAACGGGCAAAAAAAUGGGUCCAAGAGCUUCAGGCACAAGGCAAUCCAAAUAUGGUUAUGGCACUUGCUGGGAAUAAAGCUGAUUUGCUAGAUGCAAGGAAGGUAACUGCAGAAGAAGCUCAAGUAUAUGCUCAGGAGAAUGGCCUUUUCUUUAUGGAAACAUCAGCUAAAACUGCAACUAAUGUCAAUGACGUUUUCUAUGAAAUAGCGAAACGACUACCUCGAGUGCAGCCAGCACAGAAUCCUUCUGGAAUGGUUCUUAUGGAUAGACCAGCAGAAAGGACAGCAAGCACAUCCUGUUGCGCUUAAGUAAUUUGGUAGUUCUACUAUUUGUGCCUGUCUGCAUCUUCUAGAAGGUUCUUAUCUUGUGAUGCGCAUUUCCUUUUUUUCUUUUUGGAAAAUACUUCCUGGUCAUUGAUGUAUUUACUCACUAAGAAAUGUACAUGCACGCUUUCUUUUAAACCAGUGAUUGGAGUUUCUCUUCUUAUUUAGUGAAAUGGUUUGUUCAGUUUCAA